AUGGUUGCAUCGCAAGCAGAAUUAUAUUCCACUGUUUAUCUCGUGGUAGACGCUCUUGACGAAUGUCUCGACAGCCCGGUUGAAAACACUCUUGCAACCUUCCUGAGGAGAUGCCAGGACUUGCCGAAGAACUUUAGAAUGAUCUUCACGUCGAGGCCGGGAUCCCAUUUCUAUCGAAUGAUAAGCCCAGAACAUAAAUGUGAAGUCAAGGCAGAUGAAGCUGAUGUCAAAGCUUACUUCGAUAAGUUCAUCGAGAACCAUUACGAUUUUCAAAAGGUCGUAGAGAACGGCUGCAUAGCGGAUCCGUCCUUCAGAGACAGGAUCCUUGCAGCAAUUAUGAAAAAGUCUCAAGGAAUGUUCCUUCUUGCACAUCUUCAUAUCGAAUCCUUGGCUUCGACUCUGAGUCUCGUAGAACUCAUCAACAAACUGUCACACCUCUCAGCGAGCCCGCAGGAAGUCUAUUAUCAGGCAAUGGAACGCAUCAAGACGAACUCUGUUUCGAGGAGGAUUUUGGCUAUUCAUGCCUUGUCCUGGGUUGUUUGUGCUAAGAGAGUUCUCACUGUCGAUGAGCUUCUGCACGCUGUCGCAAUUCGCAGUGCCCCGCCAUCCUCAUUCACGGACAAUGAGCCGGGCAAGUAUCUUCUGCCUACAUCAUCCAACAUGUGUACGGAAGAAGUUCUUCUGUCAGCCUGCAUCGGUCUCAUCGUCGUUGUCCCCGGUGGUCCUUCAUCGGAAAGGACCGUUAGACUGGCUCAUGCCACUGCAGCGGAAUUCCUCUUAGCUCAAGAGAUAAUCAGAGAUGAGCAAGCUACCUUUCUAGAAACCAGUUUAAACUGUCUUUACUACGCCUCAAGCCGGAGAUCUUGUUACUCUGAGGAAGAGCUCAAUAAGCACUGCAAGAUGUAUCCUCUCUUCCGCUACGCAGCGGCGCACUGGGGACUCCACUUCUCCGAGUUGCCAAAAGUAAAGGGGAGUAGUUACAAGUUGGCCUGGGACUUUGCAUCAGACCAAGUCAAGCUGGGAAAUGCAUUGAGAACGAUGACUGACCCAAGCAUUUCGCACCAGACAAACGUCUCUGGUGGACAUGUCUCUGCAUACUUCGGCCUCGAAAAUCUGGUCAGAAGAGCGAUGUCUAAGGCCAACAAUGUUGACUUCAAUGCCAGAACAAAGAGCGGAGAUACCCCAUUACACUGGGCAGUAGCCCAUGACCAACAAGGCUUCGCAUCAUUUCUGAUCAAUGCAGGGGCGGAUCUCAACAUCCAAAACACAAAUGGCAAAACGGUUCUACACAUGGCGACGGCAAUGGACCACAGGCACUUUAUCAAGAUCCUCAUAGAGGAAAGGGCUGACCUUGAGCUCGAAGACUCCGAGGGAUACACUUGUUUGCGAUGGGCUGCCCGUUAUGGAUACCAGAGAACUGUUAAUACGCUGCUGGAGGCCGGAGCAAAGAUCAGCGCGUCUGACAAGGAUGGAUACACAGCGUUACGCUGGGCAGCACGAGAAGGGUAUAAGUCGAUCGUUAAGACUCUUAUUGACAGAGGCUCAUCGAUCGAGUCGCCAGGCUCAGAGGAGUGGACGCUGAUGAGGUGGGCAGCACAAGAGGGCCAAGACUACAUCAUCAGCCGCUUAGCUAAAAGAGCUGUCAGCUUGGAUGAUUCGGAUUCCGAGGGACUGACUGCUUUGAGCUGGGCCGUGAAGUACAAGCGAGAGAUGACCGUAUGGCAGCUAAUUAAGGAUGGUGCAGAUGUCAACAAGCCGGACAAGAAGGGAAAUCGACCUCUUCAUCUGGCAGUA